GGAGGUGCGGAAGUGACAUCAGCUGUGGGCGGAACGUUUCCUCAGAUUCCAGGCUGUGGGUUACAGGUGAAGAAGAGUCGUUCAUGAGGGUCACACCGUAGAGCUCCCCUCAUAGAGUCGGCAUUAUGGCGAGUACGAUGAUAGCGGCCGGGCUGACUCUCGCCGUCGCGGGAUUUGCUGGUCGUUACGUUUUACAAGCUUUCAAACACCUGGAGCCUCAAGUGAAGCAAGCUAUACAGACCCUGCCAAAGUCGGCAUUUGGCGGUUAUUACAAAGGUGGAUUUGAACCCAAAAUGACUAAAAGAGAAGCUGCCCUGGUGUUGGGAGUCAGCCCGACCGCAAAUAUAACAAAGAUAAGAGAAGCUCACAGACGGAUUAUGCUGCUGAACCACCCUGACAAAGGCGGCUCUCCAUACAUCGCAACCAAGAUCAAUGAAGCCAAGGUUCUGCUGGAAGCACACACCAAGAAAUAGCCGAUUUGCUCUGGAAUUUUGUUUUUUUUUCUGAACUCUUUCUAAUCGUUGCCUGGAAGAAUGUGAUCUCCAUUCAUGGGAAAUUAAUUGCCAAUAAAUCAACAGAAUUCUCACUUU